AGAGCCUGGUUUGAGAGGGCGUGGUUCAUUGUGUCAGUUCGCGUCCUUCUAACGUAGAGAAACGAAAAAGUGUAGAGGACCAUUUCAUUGUCACCAUCGUUAGUCUUCAUUACAGAAGUCAUUUUUAAAUGACAAUAUUUUUAUCAAGACCAAUCACAAUGUCAUAAAAUAAUGAGCACAAGCUUUCAGGUUCUCCAUAAAUCUUAAUCAGGCUGUUGGACUAGGACCUGGGAGACCAAGACUGGCCAUAAAACCCGCUGAGUGACUUUGAGGUCAGUCACACUAUCUCUGAGGCUAACCUACCUCACAGGGUUGUUGUGAGGAUAGGAUGGAGAGGGCGUAUGCUCCUUGAGCUCCUUGGAGAAAAGACUGAUUUUACAACAUCAUGCCCAUUAUAAAGGUGCCCGUGUUACACAGAUUUGGCAUUGUAUCCCAUGAGGAACAUAGAAAACUGCAACAGAGACUGUUGGCUAAAUAUCUGAAAGAAGCUUCACCUACGCCCAAGAAAGGAAAACACUUAAACCCAUUUGAACUUACAGAAGAAUUUAUUGGGGAUUUCAAUUAUGCAUUGAAAACAGAAAGAAAAGAAAAAUUCAUAGAGCUGGCUAAAAAAAUGCUUGCCAGAUGCAAGAGACGAUCAGGUCUUAGUACAUUAGGUAGUGGGAAGUAUGUGGAUCUUCCUGUAGCAUGGACUGAGGCAGUUAUGUUAUCUCAGUGCAAAGGAGAAAUUCACGAAGAAGCUGUUGAAAUACUUUUAAUUUCUUUGGACCAUGCGCCUAUUGUUCCAGACCAUAUCCCAGUCUUAUUUUUCAUCGCAGAGUCCAUUUUGUAUAAACUCUGUUACGAUUCAGUGGCGAAACCAUAUCUAUUCUCAUGUGAAAUCAAGUUGUCCAAGCUUGGAUUCUUGAUCUUUUUAAGGCUGCUUCUGUUACAUUUCUUUGGUCACCAGGGGUUUUCUGAAGAACACAAAUCCAGGCUUCAUGUUGGCUUAAAAGCACUAGCAGCUUCUGAAGUCUGUUACCAACUUUACCCAAAUAUCCUUUUCAUGGUGCAUUUUAUGCUGAAGGCCGGAGAAACUAUCUGUGAAACAGCAGUGCUUUCUGAAUCAUCACUGGCAACAGAUGCAAGUUUGCAAGAAACACAGGAUAAGGUGUUUCCUGACAAAUCACCCAUGGGUACUGGCACAUCAGUUGAAUUAAAUCCUGAACAAAAGCAGUUCAAAAUUAAGCCAUUUCUUUGGCACAGCCUUCUUGUUUGGGUUUGUGUACAUAACAGCUGCUCCAAUAUAGAUGAAGUGCUCAAGCAUGUCCUGUUCUAUAAGGAACAGCUCCAUCAGAAAGACUGGUUGGAAUCAGUGUUGAGCCUGAUGGUCCUUGGAGAGACUGCCAAAUUAAACAUGUCCUGCUUGAAAGUUUUAAUGGACCUAAUGAGAGAUUUUAUUUCAAGCUCUAUGCCUCUUAAGAACCAGCAAAAAAGCUACAAGGAAAAUCUCUCAUGCUGGCACUGGCAAGUAGGAUACAUAUACACCAAUCUACUCAAAGAUAUCUGUUUACAUGGCAUUAGUGCUGAUUUGCAAAAAACUGCUCUUCUUGGAUUCUGUGAUUGUGUCAAGGAACUUAAAGAUGACAAAGAAUUAAGAGGGGCAUGUUUUCUUGAUCUCUUGUGCUACUAUCCUUCACCUGAUGACUGUAAAUGCAGCAAUAUCUUUGUACUGUGCACAAAAAUGCAGUCAUUAUACUAGAAAGGUGUUACCCCUAUGAUAAUGUGU